AUGACAGAAGCGACAAAGAUUGACAAAUCUAUUGUCGCAUACUGCAAUGAAGAAAAAUCAUGGUUGCAUGUUCAUCAUGAUGAAGAUAUUCUUCCAAAUUAUUUCGAAAAUAGCAUUGGUCUGGAUGAAUUUGGCGAUGUGGAAUUUAGCAGUAUUCAAUUUCAACAUAAUUUCCGACUUCAUCGAAAAAGCAUACAGGCUGUAAUUGAAGUAGGCAGUUCGUUGCAAUCUUUCGUCCCGAUGAUUGUCUAUCACCGGCAUGUUUGGUGGAAUUACGGCUACAAAUUAACGCUUGAAAAAAAUGAAUGUUUCUCAUUGCUGUUGAGAAGUCUUGGACCUACAGCAAAUCCGGGGAAAAAAGCGCCACGAGGAGCAUUUGGCAAUAAUUCACCAAACAAUCAAAAGCCACCACCUGCAUCUAAUGUCCGUGUUACUCUUGGUGUGAAAAAAAACGGAAUUUUAGAAGCAAUUAUUGAAGAAGAACUGGUCGAAAGUCCUCAUGGUACUGGUUUCAUCUGCUGUAAUCUGAUAAACCGAUCAAUUUUACACGAACUGAUCGAGAAUCAUGAAUUUAUUGUUUUACAUAUUUCGAUGAAUAUUCAUAAGAAUUACUUUAAUAUUGAAGAGCUUAUUGAAUCUUCUGUUACACUACCCAUAAAGACAUCGAUGAAUCCUGAAAAUUAUGAUUUGCUAGAAGCAGUGCUGGCAUGUGAGCCAAAUCGCGAUUCAGAUUUUGUUUUUACAAGAGGAAGUGGUGCGAACAAUGAUGCAACGUCUUAUCAUGUCCAUCAGAACAUUCUUAAACGACGGUCAUUCAUGCUAGAAGGUAUUCUAAGACAGAAAUACUCACUUCCAACUGACCAACUACUCGUGAUCGAUGCUGAAGAUCGUAUUAUUUUUCCAUACUUAACGGAUAAUGACAUGAAAUUUUUGCUCACUUAUUUGUAUACGGGUGAAAUAAUGUUGCCGAAAUUUGAUGGUUUCGCAAGAGUAGGUCGUGUUCUGUCGCUGUUGAUUGAUCGUGAGCAAUUAAUCAAUAUUUUUAUGCAAUGGCAGAAAUUGAUUGUUCAAAAUCUUCUUCAAAUCGAAAAGAAGAAUAACAACGAUCUUAUUGUUGAAGAGAGUUUCAAAGCACUGAUAUCAGUGUUCAGUGCACCGUAUGGAGCAUUACCGUACGCGAAGAGAAUGGCACUUUCCUUACUUGCUGAUCAGAUAACGAAAAGCAAUGAAACUUUGGCAGAAAAAUAUGAUAAACAGUCGCAGUAUGGUCGGUAUCAGGUUGGACAUUUCAUGGAAACUGCACUGAAGCUGAAACGUUUCAUUACUUCGGUCAAGAAAAUACCUCAUCCUCUUUAA